UAUUAGCCUACUUCAUCUUUCAAUGAUGAGAAGAGACAGGGAGCAGGGUGAACCCAAGAACAUUUAGCAUCUGAACCAAACCACUGUAAGUUGGAAACAGUGUAAUAACUACCCAUCGUCGUGAAAGCACAAGUAGGUGAAUGAGGAACGUGAUUUGUAAUAAUGCAAUAAAAAUAAGAUCUAAAUACAUACGAUCGUCGAACGUCGUAGAUGAAUAAUUAUAAAUUUCGGUGUUCGUAUCUACGUGUAUUUUUGAACGGUGAUUUUAGUUGCAUCUCAGCACUGGAGUAUUUUUUACAUGAACUGGUGCAUUGGAUAUCCUAAAGCUUGGUGUGAUCAUUUUUUUUUAGUUCGAUAAAAACAGCUAAACGCGCGAAAGUGUACAAGUCUACAGCUUCAGUCCCUAGUCAGCUUGCCCAUCCACAUCGAGAUGGAUAAAUUGAACGACGAUAACUUCGAAUUCAUCACGAGCUGCUCAAAAGAGGACGAAGAUGAAGAUGAAAGUGACAUCGUUAUAACCGGAAUAUCGGGAGUUUUCCCCAGCACUCGUAAUCUCGAAGAACUGGAGCAUUAUUUGAGAAAUAAACUGAAUUUGAUUCCGAGUAAAGAGUAUUCGUCGUUGGGAAUUGGCAAAAUACCGGAUGUGGAAAAAUUCGACGCUUCGUAUUUUGGACUAAAGUCUGAUAUGGCCGAUAACAUGGAUCCUAUGGGACGACUGCUGCUGGAGAAAACAUACGAAACUAUUGUCGAUUCAGGCUACAAUCCGUACACUUUACGAGGAACUAACGUUGGGGUGUUUAUUGGAUUGUACCUGAGCGAAACGGAAGUGGCAUUUUUCGGAGGAGGUUCGCCGGAUGGAUUAACAGUGACUGGUAUAGGUCGAUGCUUUUUAGCCAAUCGGAUUUCAUAUUGCUUCGGUUUUCAUGGACCCAGUAUGUGUGUGGACACGGCAUGUUCAUCUAGCAUGAAUGCUUUGCAUCUGGCUCGUCAAGCUAUACUAAAUGGUGAUUGCGAUUCGGCCAUUGUAGGAGGCUGCAAUUUAUGCUUAAAUAAUGGCAUCACGUUACAUCUGCAAAAAUUAGGAGUCGUCAGUACAGACGGAGUAGCCAGAGUUUUGGAUGAAGCUGGAAACGGAUACUGCCGAUCUGAAACAGUUUGCACGAUAUUUUUACAAAAAAGAAAAGUCGCCAGACGAAUUUACGCAAAAGUAGUUCAUACAAAAGUGAACUGCGACGGAUACAAAGCCGAAGGGAUAACCUUCCCAUCGUAUGUAAUGCAAAAACAGCUUCUGAACGAUUUUUAUCGCGAAUGUAAUGUCCAACCGAGCACCGUUGACUGGGUCGAGCUUCACGCUACGGGCACCAGAGCAGGUGACAGGGAAGAAAUCAAGUCACUUGCGGUAUUAUGCGAAAAUCGAGCUUCUGCUCUGAAAGUCGGUUCAAUCAGGUCAAAUAUGGGGCAUGCUGAAGCUGCGUCUACGAUGUGUUCUGUUGCCAAAGUAAUCAUUGCGAUGAGAAGCGGACUUAUUCCACCCAAUAUCAAUUACACGACUCCUCGAUACGAUAUAGAUGCUCUACAUAACGGCUUAGUUCAAGUAAUCACAGAAAAUACGCCAUGGAAGAAGAACGGCUUAGUAGGUAUUAACAGUUUCGGUUUAGGAGGCGCCAAUGGUCACGUUUUGCUGAAAUCUUUCGAGAAAUCCAAAUCAGACUUACCGGACUUGAAACGAGACCGUCGACUUCCAGUAAUCGUUGCUAUUUCCGGACGAACUCGCGAAUCUGUCGAUAUUUUCUUCAACGAGCUCGAGAAAAAUCCAAUUGACGAAGAAUUCGUUAGUUUAUUGCACGAAAUCCAUAGCCAAGAUAUCGUUCAACAUUUAUACAGAGGAGCCAUUAUCCUGAGAGAAAAUUCCAUAACGACGAUCCCAGCAACGGUCGUAGAACCAGUGGAGAAUACUCUUUUCAAAGAAAUCGCGCACUGUUCAAUUAGACAACGACCGGUAUGGUUCGUGUUCUCUGGAGUCGGUUGUCAAUGGGCUGGAAUGGGCAGGCAGCUGAUGCAGUUGCCCAUCUUCGCCGAAUCCAUUAAGCAAUGUGAUCGAGUACUGAGACCCUUCAAUGUGGAUUUGAUUCGAGUCAUAAGCGAUACCGAUCCCAAAGUAUUGGAAAACGUGAUAAAUUGUUUCGUUGGAAUUACAGCAGUACAAAUAGCUUUCGUGGACGUUUUGCGAGCUCUGAAUGUGACAGCUGCUGGAAUGAUUGGACAUUCAGCGGGUGAAAUAGCCUGCGCUUACGCAGAUAAUUGUUUGACCAAGGAGCAAACUAUUCUAUGUGCUUACUACAGAGGUUUAUCGUGUAUGGAAACGCAGCUUCCGAAAGGAGCAAUGGCCGCAAUAGGUCUUGGUUACGAAGAGUUGAAAACCAAAUUACCUGACGAUGUUGAUAUCGCAUGCCGGAACAGUUCUAGCAAUUGUACGAUUUCUGGUCCAGUUGAAACGAUAAACCAAGUUUUGGAAAAGUUUCAAGAAGAGAAAAUAUUCGCGAGACGAAUCGAAAGUUCGAAUAUCGCUUUUCACAGUCGAUACGUGAAACAGAUCACUCCUAAACUUCUGCCAUAUUUGCAAAAAGUAAUCCCCGAACCUCGAAAAAGAUCGGAUCGAUGGAUAAGUACGUCUGUUUCCAGUACUGCUCCUGAAAAUCAACAAAAUGAAGAAUUGAAAUAUUGUUCACCAAAGUAUAUCACAAAUAAUGUGCAAAGUCCGGUACUUUUCGAAGAAGCUACCCGAGCAAUAGAGGAAAAUGCGGUUAUAAUUGAAGUUUCGCCUCAUUCGCUGCUGCGAGCUUUAUUAAACCAAACUUGUGGACAAGAGUUCACAUACGUUUCAUUGGGCGUUAAACAGUGUGAAGAUAGCAUGUUAUAUUUAUUGAAAGCAACUGCCAAAUUGUUUUUACUGGGAGAAACGUUGAAAUUUCGCGAACUGUAUCCUGCAGUGAAUUACCCAGUUAGCAAAGAAACACGUAUGAUAGCACCCUUAGUGAGAUGGCAGCAUGACAAAGAUUGGAAUGUGGUAUUUUCAAAAAAGGAAGACAUGGUUCCAGGCGAAAGAAGAUACAAGUUUAACGCCAAAUUUAAAGACCUCGCUUAUAUAUUUGAUCACGUAAUUGACGGACGAAAUAUUGUUCCUGGUUACCUUUACCUCUUGCCAGUAUGGGAAACACUACCACUAAUGUACGACAGAGUUCUAAAAGACACCCCAAUAGUGUUUGAGAAAUUACGUUUCCAACGAAUGGUGAACGUGCAUCGAGACAAACCCAUCAGCGUCCUUGUCCAUAUUCAAAAAGGAAGCGGAAAUUUUGAAAUUGUCGAAAACAAUCAAGUAGUGUUAACCGGUAGAGCAUACGUUCCGGACGAGAUCGAAAAGGAAACACAGCCACUCACCAUUGCCCAAAAUGAAAACGAUGACGAUAUGGUACUCGAACAAGACGAUAUUUAUAAAGAAUUCCAGCUCCGAGGGUACGAGUACAAAAACCUAUUUCGUCAAAUGCUACGCAGCAAUUUCGACGGUAGUCGAGCGUUGGUUAAAUGGAAUGAAAAUUGGAUCACUUUUUUGGAUACCAUUUCGCAAACGUAUAUUUUACAAACGGAUACCAGGUUACCCUGUUUGCUCACAGGUAUCGAUAGAGUGGUCAUCGAUGUGGAUAAACAUAACGCUGUGCUGAAACAAAAUCCGCAUUAUCAAGAUAAAGGAAUUCCAGUAUACGUCGAUAAAAAGCUCGGAAUCAUCGAAUCAGCCGGAGUUCAAAUUAGAGGUAUAAAAGGCCACAUAAUCCCCAGACGAAAAAUGCUCAAAGAACCUCAGCUAUUCGCGUACAAAUUUAUUCCUUUCAUUAAUUGUCGAGAUGAAAUGGACAAAUACACGUUAUCUAGUUUUUACGCUCGUCUGAUUUGGGAAAAUGUGGGAGCAUUUUCGACCAACUUGGCUCUUUUGGAAUACGAAUGUUCGUAUUCGAAGCAAAAUUAUUACUCGAAAGAGAUUUGCCGAGCUCUGAAUAAUUAUCCGCGAAUACAAGUGACUAGUACAGUUGCAUGUUCUGAUAUUACUGCUAGUGGUGGAAAUGGUGCGAGUAAUACGACGCUGGCCAUCGAGCAGCCAUUACAAGAGGAUGUUCAUGUGAAUUACGUUCUUGUCGACAGCAAUGGAGAACUUGACCAGCAGGUCGAUGCUCAUCUUCUGAUUGUGGAAUAUGAUGACCAAUUACAUAAUAAAUUGAAAUAUUUAACAGAUGCAGGCUUCCUAAUGGUUCGCUUGAGAUACGAAACAAUGAAAGAUCCUUCAACACCAACAUCACUUGCAUCAUUACAAGACCUAAAAAAUUUUACAAAAUGUUGCGAACACAUAUUCAAUGGUGAAAAAUUGAUCAUUUUUCGUCGCGAUCCAGUUGCGGUAUCUUCAGAGCCCAUCAUUUUGAAAGUGACACCGACAUUCGAAUGGUUGGACGAAUUGAAAGAAACGAUAAAACAGGACGAAAAACGAAUAAUUCUGUAUUCUCAGAGCGAUCCUUACACUGGCCUACAAGGAUUCUUUAAUUGUCUGACAAAAGAAAUAUCUCCAAAAAAUAUCAGAUGCUUUGAAAUUCUAGACAACGAUGCCCCUCCCUUUUCAACCACUGAUCCAUUUUAUCAAGACCAAAUAUCUAAAAAUUUACUCGUCAACGUGUACAAAGAUAAAUACUGGGGUUGCUAUGCUCAUUCACCAAUGGCACCUCCGUCAUUGGUAAAAACACCGUAUGCUUUUGCCAACGUAGAAGUUACCGGAGAUCUGAGGAGCUUGAACUGGUAUGAAAGGAGUCCUGUCCAGUCUUCAAGCAUUAUCUACCCGAGAAAGGAAGAUGACUCUGAAUUAAUUCACGUUUAUUAUUCGGCGUUGAAUUUUAAGGAUGUUUUACUGGCAACUGGUGUUCUAUCAUAUGAGGCGUUUGUUCCCAAUCGACUGAUGCAGGAAUGUCUAAUCGGAUGCGAAUUCAGUGGGAAAAGUGCCCAAGGCAAACGUUACAUGGGCAUAUAUCCAGCUGGAGCGAUCUGCACCAUGUUAUCAGCAUCCAAGAACUUUCUAUGGCAAAUACCAGACGACUGGUCGCUGGAAGAGGCAGCCACAGUGCCUAUAGUUUAUUUAACAACGAUCGCUGCAUUUUUCGUACACGGUAAUUUGAAGAGAGGUGAAAGCAUUCUGAUUCAUUCGGGUGCCGGAGGAGUUGGACAAGCAGCUAUAAAUAUCGCCUCGUAUUACGAAUGUGAAAUAUUUACAACUGUUGGAAGUGAUGAAAAAAGAGAAUUUAUUAGGAAAACGUUUCCACAUAUAAAAGAGAGCCACAUUGGAAAUUCACGAGAUUGCAGUUUUGAAAUGAUGGUAAUGGCCCAAACCGAAGGCAAAGGGGUUGAUGUUGUUUUGAAUUCGCUAGCUGGAGAUAAACUACUCGCAUCUGUCCGGUGUUUGGCUAAAGGAGGACGGUUUUUAGAAAUUGGAAAAUUAGAUUUGCUGCAGGAUAAUCCACUGGGUUUGAACAUAUUUUUACGUGGAGUAAGUUUUCAUUGCGUGUUGCUCGAUAAGAUACACGAAGAGAAACCAGAAACUAGAAAUCAAAUAAUAAAAAGCUUCGAACGAGAAUUGAAAUUGGGUACAAUCAAACCAAUAGUUCGAACAGUUUUCGAAGCUGAUGACGUUGAAACUGCAUUCAGAUACAUGGGUAGUGGCAAACACAUUGGUAAAGUGCUGUUGAAAAUUCGAGAAGAAGAUGAUUUGGCUUCACCACCAUCCCAGUUGCAGAAAAACGUUAUGCCACGAUUUAGUUGUCACGAUGGAAAAGUUUACAUAAUUUGCGGUGGAUUAGGUGGCAUGGGCUUAGAAUUGGCCGAUUGGCUGGUUCUGAGAGGUGCACGAAAGCUCAUGUUGAUUUCAAGGAAAGGAAUAGUGAACGGAUAUCAAAAGUUACGAAUAAUGCGAUGGAAGUCGUACGGAGUUACAGUGGUGAUGCGCACUGAUGACAUGACCAAAGCUGGCCAAGUUCAAAGUUUACUGAAAGAUGCCGAAAAUCUCGGACCAGUUGACGCAAUUUUCAAUUUAGCUGCUGUGAUAGACGAUCGAAUGCUCGAAAAUCACGACGUUUCAACUUUCAAGAAGGCAACCGAACCGAAAAAAAUAAUCACGCGAUUAUUGGACGAAUAUUGCAGCAAAUUAUGCCCCACUUUACAACACUUCGUGGUAUUUUCUACGCUGGCGUGUAGCUACGGUAAUGCAUCUCAGACAAAUUACGGAUUUGCCAACGCAUCUUGCGAAAGAAUCUGCGAGAAAAGAAGAGAACGUGGCGAGCCUGCGUUAGUCGUGCAAUGGGGCCCUGUCGACGAUGUUGGAAUGCUGAUGCAGAUGGAUAUUGAAAAAACUUGUAGUUUUGUCGGUUUGAAAGCGCAACCAAUUAGAUCAUGUUUGAAACUAAUGGACGUGUUUUUAAAACAAUCCGAAACAAUAGUAAGCAGUUGUAUUUUGGGCGAUAAGAACAGCGAAGAUAGUAAACGAGGGACCAAUUUACUGGAAACCGUGGCUAAUAUUUUAGGUAUAAAAGAUACGAAGAGCGUUAGCAUGUACUCGACGUUACCAGAACUUGGAAUGGACUCAAUAAGCGGUUUAGAAGUGAAACAAACACUCGAACAGCAGUACGAUUUAUUCCUAAGUCCGAAGGAACUAAUGUCGCUUACUUUUGCCUCGUUGAAUGAGAUUCAGAAAACUGGCAAAAAAAGUUCGAUUGUGAAGAAAGACGAUACUAAUGUAAUGGCAUCCGUUCCAUACCUGCGAAACGUGCUGCUGGAUAAAUCAAAACGAAACGUUUUAUUUGAAUCGACAUUGCUUGCGAAAUUGACAUCGAUUUCGACACCCUCACUGCACAAAAUCUUGCAUCCUGAUCGUGUUGUUUUCUGCUUCCCAUCUAUCGAUGGUAUUGCCGAUGCUCUAGAACCAUUGGCAAAUAAUUUAGAUAUAUUCGAUCAAGUAUUAUGUUUCCAAUACGUUGCCAUUGAAGGAGGUACCGGAGUUGCCCAACUAGCUGAACUUUUCGCUUCGCACAUCCUCGAAAGAUUAUCUGCAGAAGAACCAUUCAACAUUAUCGCUUACUCGUACGGUGUAGUGAUCGCGAUGGAAACGCUGAAAAUAUUACAGAAUCAGAACAGAAAAGGAAACAUUGUACUUGUCGAUGGAUCGAUAGAUUUCGCUAAAAAUUUAAGAAGUAUACAUUUCGGAGGGUUCAAUGACUUCACUCAUGUUCAAACUAAAAUUAUACGAGACGUUGCAUCUUGUUUUCAACCAACGAUUAAUAAUGAAGUUUUUGAAAACGAAUUAAAUCGCCUCAACACUUGGGAAAAUAAAUUAGAUUACAUGAUGAGUAAGCUGGAAUCAAGUACUAACGAUAUGGAAACCCUUAAAUUCAUCGCAAAUUAUCUAUUUCAUUGUUACACAUCUACCAUGAAAUACCAUUUCGAAACUCCACAAAAAUUCGAUACCAGAGUGAUGAUAAUAAAGGCUAAAAAACUGGUCAUUCCGAUGCCCGUUGAUACAGGUUUAGAUAAGUAUUUCGUCAAAACGCCAGAAGAAUUUAGCGUAGAUGAGAAUCACUUUACCAUUUUACGAAGCAAAAAAGUAGCAGAAAUAAUACAAAGUUUUUUUGAAAAAUAAUAAAUGCAUUAUCACAAUAUUUUGAUACUGUUGACUUGACUUGUUUUCAAUCGUCCUAAAUCAUCGUAAAAAAAAAAAAAAAAAAAAAAAAAAGGUAAGUA